CCCCAAGAGCUGGCUGAGUCUCCUUUCUGGGGCCCUUCCAGUUUUAUUUCUGCAGGGUUGGUGUGCGGGGUGCAGGGAAGGGACGACCAAACCUUUCCACAGUGGAUCCAACUCUAGAGCGAAGAGCAAUGGCCCGGGGACCCCAGAGAGCCACUUGCUGAACAGGCAAGGGUGCACAGGCUGGGAAUGAGCACCGUUUAUUCGUUAACACUAAAAUGUUAGGAGAAGCCAUCCCUUCACACUGAAUCUGGUUAUAGGGUAUUCUGGAGCAUCUGGACAAUGGCGAGGUGGUGAUUGGGGAUGGCAGCUUCCUCCUAACUCUGGAGAAGCGGGGCUAUGUGAAGGCAGGGCUCUGGACUCCGGAAGCUGUGGUAGAGCAUCCAGAUGCAGUUCGUCAGCUUCACAUGGAAUUCUUGAGGGCGGGGUCAAAUGUCAUGCAGACAUUCACCUUUUCUGCCAGUGAGGACUGCAUGGAAAGCAAGUGGGAAGAGGCAAAUGUUGCCGCUUGUGAUCUGGCCAGGGAAGUGGCUGGCAAAGGUGAUGCUCUGGUGGCAGGAGGAGUCUGCCAGUCCUCAGUGUACAAAGACCACAAGGAUGAAGCUCGAAUUAAAAAACUUUUCCGACUACAGCUGAAGGUUUUCACCAGGAAAAAUGUGGACUUCCUGAUUGCAGAGUAUUUUGAGCAUGUGGAAGAAGCCGUGUGGGCUGUGGAAGUCUUGAAAGAAUCGGGCAAGCCUGUGGCGGUGACGAUGUGCAUUGGCCCCGAGGGCGACAUGCACGGGGUGGCUCCUGGGGCGUGUGCCGUGGAACUGGCAAAAGCAGGGGCUGACAUCGUUGGUGUGAACUGCAGAUUUGGGCCCAGAACCAGCUUGCAGACACUUCAUCUCAUGAAGCUGGGCCUGGAGGCUGCGGGGCUGAGCCGCCACCUGAUGGCACAGCCCUUGGGCUUCCACACACCUGACUGUGGCAAAGGAGGCUUCCUGGACCUCCCAGAAUAUCCCUUUGGACUGGAACCCAGAGUUGCCACCCGAUGGGAUAUUCAGAAAUACGCCAGAGAGGCCUAUGAGCUAGGGGUCCGGUACAUCGGCGGGUGCUGUGGGUUUGAGCCCUAUCACAUCAGGGCAAUUGCAGAGGAGCUGGCCCCAGAAAGGGGAUUUUUGCCGCCUGCUUCAGAAAAACACGGAAGCUGGGGAAGUGCUCUCAGUAUGCACACCAAACCCUGGAUUAGAGCAAGGGCUAGCAGGGAAUAUUGGGAGAAUCUGCUGCCAGCUUCAGGCAGACCCUUCUGUCCUUCACUGUCAAAGCCAGAUAUCUGAGGCACAGAGACAGAAUACGAUGCAGUGACACAGCCUCCCGUGCCGGAACCUGAAAGAGUUGGUCCUCACCUUCAGCCUUCGGGAGCUGCCGCCCCUGGUUUCUGAGGGCCAUGCCCCAGUGCUGUGUUCUUCACUGAUUUGUGCAAAGCUUCAAGGCAGCCUGGAGAAAGGAUGCAAACACACUGUGCACAGCCUCGAUCACCAACAUCAGACAUUCCCUGCCGAAGCAAAUGCGUUCUACAAUCACUCUUCCUUUAAGGGACCAUUAGAUCCUAAAGAUUUUUAAAUUGUGUCUUUCUAAUCACCAGCAACUAGAGUUUAGACCAUCUAAGGACAAGGACCAUGACCCAUGCUGCUCUGACUCUUCUUGUUUCGCAUUGUAUGAGGCAGGAUCACAGAUGCUCAGCGACAGGCACAGGUUGAUUACAUAACAUAAAUAAACAUUGAUAAAGUUUUGAAGACCUUUCUAAAAAGUCAGAAUUCAAAUCCAUCUUGGUCUGAUAUUUUCUUGCCUUAGGUUUGUGUUAAUUGCCAUUUCUCUUUUGUUCAUAACAAUGGAUCAGCUGUGAUCAUUAAUAAAAAUAAUUUACUGCACAGAA